CUUGUCGCACACCAUGGCGGCCCCUCCACAGCCACCGCCGCUUCCGGCACCGCCCCGGAAGUGCCGCCGGCCGGCCCCCGCUGUUUUCCGCUGCCGGGUGGCGCCGCGCGCUCCGCGGUGCCGCUGCCCGGGCACCAUGAGGGAGGCGGAAAUCAGGAGGCUUCUGGCUGCCAACCUCCUUUGCGCUCUGUCCGUCGUCCUGGCCGCGGUUGUCCCGGCUUUCUUCCUGGACGGAUUCAGUGUCCUGGGAACGCACCUCACGUGGCUGUGUGUUUGUUCUGUUUGUGUUGCUACCCUUAAUAUAAUCUUGCAUUUAGUCCUUAAACCAAAUCAGUCUCCUAAGAGACGUUUCUUUGCUCACAAGAUAUCCAGAUUUCUAAAAUGCUGUAUAUACUUUUUCAUGUCUUGCAUACUAUUUCAUGCGAUUAUUGUUCUUUAUGGAGCACCUCUCAUAGAGUCAGUGACUGAGACAUUUUUGUUUGCAGUUCUUCUGUCUACAUUUACUACUUUACAGUGCUUAUGUUUGCUGGGACCAAACAUACAGGCAUGGAUACGGGUAUUUAGUAAAAAUGGAGCUGUGUCCAUCUGGGAGAGCAGUCUACAGAUUACUUCCAUGUGCAGUCUACUUGGAGCUUGGUUUGGAGCAUUUCCUAUUCCUCUUGACUGGGAUCGACCUUGGCAGGUAUGGCCCAUUUCCUGUUCCCUCGGAGCUACCUUUGGCUAUAUGGCUGGUCUGAUUAUUGCACCUCUGUGGAUACACUGGAACCGGAAGCAGCUCACAUACAAAAGCAGAUAACGAGCAAAAAGAGACAAGGUAUUUCUUUGUGCAGAUUCCAUACAGACUGUGCAAAAGUUGGGGUUUUUAAAGAUAUAUAUAUAGAUAUAUAUAUAUAGUCAAAGCAGAAGGCUGUCCAAAUUCAGUUAGAGUAUUUCAGGCCAAGCAUCUCCACUCAAUAAAAUCACACAGAUGCCAUUUCAGCGUGGUGCAGUUUUUGCUUCCUCUAGACUGUGUAACCCUGAGAGAUUGUACCUUCCAGUCUGAAUAAAAUAUUUGUAACAGA